AUGCCCGCUCCUUCUGCCGCUUCUUUACCGAACCAAUUCCACCUUCCAAGCCUGUCUUCGCAUCACGUCCUUGCGUUCCACCAACAAGGCUCGUCCAGCAUGUCGCAAGCUUCGUCAACGCAGCCGCUCUAUGCGGUCGCCGAUUUCUGCCUGAUCCCAAUGGGCACUCCCACCACCUCGGUCGGCGAGUACAUCACCGAGUGCCAGCGCGUGCUCGAAGAUAUGAAGGACGAAGGCAUCCGCUACGAAGUGCACGGAUACGGUACCAACCUCGAGGGCCUCUUCCCCGUCGUGAGCAAGGCGAUCGAGCGAUGCCACGAGGCAGUCCAUCGACUCGGCGCGCAAAGGAUCGCGACGGACAUCCGCAUCGGUACCCGCACCGACAAGCCGCCGCCGACAUCCGCAGGGCCCACCGAGAACCAGCGCAAGAAGCAGAGCGUGCUCAACCGCCUAAUGCAGGAAUGA